AUGGAGUUUGGAGGAGCGAGAAAAAGGGGCAGAUUCGAAGGUGGACUGAAUGGCAAUGGCGGUUUCAAGAAAUCCAAGCAAGAAAUGGAGUCAAUUACAACCGGUAUAGGAAGCAAAUCGAAGCCUUGCACAAAGUUUUUCAGUACUUGUGGCUGCCCUUUCGGUGAUGGAUGCCAUUUCCUCCACUACAUCCCGGGAGGUAUCAAGGCCGUCUCCCAGAUCCUCGGCAACAAUCCGGCCAUGCCGCCCGCUGCCCGUAACCCAGUGCCCCCCCCUUCCUUCCCCGAUGGGUCCUCCCCUCCGGCCGUCAAGACCCGCUUAUGCAACCGUUUUGCUUCGCCCGAAGGCUGCAAGUACGGGGACAAGUGCAACUUCGCGCAUGGAGACCGUGAGCUCGGCCGGCCCACUUUUCCUCCCCCUCACGACGGGCCAAGGUAUGGCGGGGCCCGAGCGGGCCCAUCGCCCCCCGGGGGCUUUGGAGCCUCGGCCACGGCCAAGAUCAGCAUCGACUCGGCCAUGGCGGGUGCCGUGAUCGGCAAGGGAGGGGUGAACUCGAAGCAUAUAUGCCGCGUGACGGGGGCCAAGCUCUCGGUGAGGGACCACGAGUCGAACCCUAACCUGCGCAACAUCGAGCUCGAGGGCACGUUCGACCAGAUCAAGCAGGCCAGCCAGAUGGUCCACGAGCUCGUCGCUAAUGUCGCUGCGAUGUCAGCAGGCCCGCCUCAGCCGCUGCCACCCAGCAAGGGUCAGGGGGCGUUGAGCUACGGGCCGGGCAGCAACAGUUUCAAGACGAAGCUGUGUGAGAAGUUUGCCAAGGGGUCGUGCACGUUUGGGGACAGGUGUCACUUUGCGCAUGGGGCGGAGGAGCUGCGCAGGUUGGGGAUUUGA